AUAUCUCGAUCUAGAUACUCCUACUGUACUAUACUAUAUAGAUGGGCUCGCAGCAGCACGACGAUGACAAUGGUGGUCGCCGUCGCCGACCGGAGGCGAGGUGGUGCGCGGUGACCGGAGGCCGGGGGUUCAUGGCGAGGUACCUGGUGGCGGCCUUGCUCCGCUCCGGUGAGUGGCGUGUCCGGGUCACUGACCUCGCUCCUACUCUUGUUUUCGGCCCCGGAGAGACGGAGGAAAUUCUCAGUGAUGCUCUCUGUAAUGGCCGUGCCACCUAUACCUCGGUCGAUGUCUGCAACCUAGAUCAACUUACCAAAGCAUUUGAAGGGGUGGAUGUUGUUUUCCACACAGCUGCUGCGGAUCCUAGUAAGAACAACUUGCAACUUCACUACAAGGUUAACGUAGUGGGAACGAAGAAUGUAAUUGAAGCUUGCAAGAUAUGCAAGGUGAAAAGGCUUAUACACACCAGUACUAGUGCUGUUGUGUUUGACGGUGUUCAUGGACUUUUUGACGUAAAUGAGUCAUUGCCAUAUCCAGAUAAGUUUCCUGAUGCAUAUGCACAAACGAAGGCAGAAGCAGAGAAGUUAGUCAUCAAGGCCAAUAACAUUAAUGACCUUCUAACUUGUUGCUUACGUCCGGGUAGCAUAUUUGGCGCAGGAGACAAGUUUAUAACAACUUUGGAUCGUUAUGGUUGGACAAAUGUUACAAUUGGUGAUGGGAAGAAUUAUGAUGAUUUUGUGUAUGUUGAAAAUGUUGUACAUGGUCAUCUUUGUGCUGAGAAGACUCUUUCUACUAUUGAGGGCGCAAGAACUAGCGGAGGAAAAGCAUACUUUAUAACUAAUAUGGAGCCAAUGAAUAUGUGGGACUUUACAUAUCUUGUUCAAGAAGAACUUGGAUACAAAAGAAUAUCCAAGAUAAAGAUACCUAUAGUUUUUAUCAAGCCCGCAAGCUAUUUGAUAGAGUGGAUAUAUAGGGUUGUUUUCUCUCAUUUCGGAACUUGCGAGCCUCAAAUUCUAACACCGGCAAGGGUUAGAUAUGUGACACUCAAUAGAACAUUUAGUUGUAAUAAAGCUUUUGAAGAACUUGGCUACAAACCUAUUGUGACACUACAGGACGGUUUAAGGAAAGCAGUGAAAUUGUAUAUUCAAUUAAGUAAUAAAGAUUUAUCUAAGAGAUAGUAAAGUUGUGAUGUAAGACAACUCUACACGGAAUAUCAUAAGCCAAAGCCAGAGGUGAUGAUGUCUCCACAAAUAAAAAUUUCAAGUUUGUAUUCUUCAUUAUAUUAAGAAAAGCUAUAUAAUAGACUAUAAAUUAGUUUUGAUUAAGGAUCAAUUGCAAUGCUCUAAUGGCAGGCAUGUAUUUAUGUUGAAAUCUAGAUGAUAUUGUAUUUGCUUUAUGGUCCUCUUAUCAUGUGAAAUGUGAAGUUGAUGCCAUCAUAACUAGUGUUGAUACCUUGAUUUGAUAGUAAGUAACCCAAAAAUUUUUGUAUUGCUA